AUGACGCUAAGUGGCGACGGACAGCAGCAAGCCCGUGGGAAGCUCCUCAGAGUGGCGACAGCUGAGCGCUGGCAGCCAGAGCAAGCGCCUGUACCUGCAGGCAAGACGCAGAAGCAGGAGCAGAAAAGCACGCACAAGAUGAGCUGCAGGUGCGAAACGGACGGCUGCAGCCGCGAGGCCAAGCUGCAGUGUCCCACCUGCAUCAAGCUGGGCAUCCAGGGCUCGUACUUCUGCUCGCAGGAAUGUUUUAAGGGAAGUUGGGCUACUCACAAGUUACUACAUAAGAAAGCAAAAGAUGAAAAGGCAAAGAGAGAAGUGUCUUCCUGGACUGUAGAAGGUGAUAUUAACACUGACCCAUGGGCAGGGUAUCGGUAUACUGGUAAACUCAGACCGCAUUAUCCACUGAUGCCAACAAGGCCAGUGCCAAGUUAUAUCCAAAGACCAGAUUAUGCUGAUCAUCCCUUAGGAAUGUCUGAAUCUGAACAGGCUCUUAAAGGUACUUCGCAAAUUAAAUUACUCUCAUCCGAAGAUGUAGAAGGGAUGAGACUUGUAUGUAGGCUUGCUAGAGAAGUUUUGGAUAUUGCUGCUGGGAUGAUUAAACCAGGUGUAACUACUGAAGAAAUAGAUCAUGCUGUACACUUAGCAUGCAUUGCAAGAAAUUGCUACCCUUCUCCCCUGAAUUAUUAUAAUUUCCCAAAGUCUUGUUGUACCUCAGUAAAUGAAGUCAUCUGCCAUGGAAUUCCAGACAGACGGCCCUUGCAAGAGGGUGACAUUGUUAAUGUGGACAUCACUCUUUAUCGCAACGGUUAUCACGGAGACCUGAACGAGACGUUCUUCGUUGGGGACGUGGACGAGGGAGCGCGGAAGCUCGUUCAGACCACGUACGAGUGCCUGAUGCAAGCCAUCGAUGCAGUGAAACCUGGUGUUCGAUACAGAGAACUGGGAAACAUCAUUCAGAAGCAUGCCCAAGCAAAUGGGUUUUCAGUUGUUCGGAGCUAUUGUGGGCAUGGAAUCCACAAGCUUUUUCAUACAGCCCCCAACGUGCCCCACUAUGCCAAAAAUAAAGCAGUCGGAGUGAUGAAGUCGGGCCACGUCUUUACAAUUGAGCCAAUGAUUUGCGAAGGCGGAUGGCAGGACGAGACCUGGCCGGACGGCUGGACUGCGGUGACGAGGGACGGGAAGCGGUCGGCCCAGUUCGAGCACACGCUGCUGGUCACGGACACGGGCUGCGAGAUCCUCACCCAGCGGCUCGAUAACGCGCGGCCUCACUUCAUGUCCCAGUUUUAAUUUCUCCCACGAUGGCACGUCUCAGUGACACCUUCUUGCUGUACUGUGCAUUUCACCGAGAGUACAGACAGGAGCCUUUUUUAUCACUUGUUUUGUUUUGGCCGUAGAUAAGAAAGGACUGCAGCGUUGGACGCGUGUCCUCAGGGCCUCGCCUGGGGUCUGGAAAGCUGCGAAGAAUAAAGGAAACGGUGCCCAACUCUGCCCCCCCCCCCCAAUCUCUCUCUGCACCUGUCCUCAUCUGUCCUCCAAGCACUUUUACCAAACCUGCUUCUAGUUGCUUCUAUCACUGCCACGAACCGGCCAAGAGCCAGCUGCUUUUCAGGUGAACGCUGCAGAUGAGAAUCCUUGAAACUUUAGCAAUAUGUGUUGCGCCAGAUUUUUAAAAUGAUAUAUAUGGAGAUAUAUACGUGCACAUUUUAAACUCCACCCACGUCGUUAGCAAACACGACGGGACCCGGGGCUGCGUUGGUUCUGCUGGGACCGGCUGACGUGCUGUUGUAAGCGGACGCUCGGUGCGCAGUGGUUGAAUUCCUGGUCGGGAAUUGUCCCUCCCCUCCCCCCACCCCAUGCUGAUUGUCUACACUCGCGGUUGUGCGUAGGGCAGCACGCACUGAGAUUUUCUCCAGUGCGCACUCCGUGUGUGUCGGCGAACGAACGGGGUAAAAUUCACUUUGGAAGAAGGUUAUCAGGCUUUUAAAAGUCUAGGUUUUGCAAAAAAUGACCGUGCUCCAAGUGGUGGCGGCUGUCGCAGGGCACGAGAAUUCUGUACCACACUCGGCUUCAGACCUGCGCUUGGGCAGAAGCGGGAGAGGAAAAGUCCCUUCUGUUCCCUUCUCUG